GAAAGAAAGAGAUCAGAGUGUAGAAGAAGAAUGGAGAAGGCAAAUGUCAACUUCAAAGAUUUGAUGCCCACAAAGCUACAGCCAUGUAAACAUUUAGUGGCGAAUGCGACAGGUGGGGCAUCAUAUAUCUUGGGUUUCCUCCUUGUAGUCUUUCUAUCCAAUAUUGCCCAUGCCCUUCUAAGAACUUUUCAACAGCCAAGGAUGGUUGCAGAAACUCUUGUAGGGAUAAUUGCGGGCAACAUCGUGCUUACCCAGGAAGAACUCUUUGCAAACAUACAACAAACCUUGGAUAAUAUCAAGGACUUUGGUAUGAUUUGCCAUAUGUUUGCGUUGGGUCUAGAAAUGGAUCCCUGCAUACUCUUUCAACGGCCAACUCGAGAGGCUAUGGUGGCCUAUUCUGGAAUGCUCUCUACAUUUAUACUAGCAUGCCUUUUGACUCCAUUUUUUCAUUAUUCGGAGGUCCCAAACUACAAAUUCACCUUCUCCCUCUCCGUUACCCUCACUGGCACUGCCUCUCCCCUGCUAACCCGCAUAAUCACUGACCUCAAGAUUGGGAAAUCGGACAUAGGACGACUUGUAGUUGCAGCUGGAAUACACUCUGAUUUGGUAUCAACUCUUCUCAUCUCCAUUGGGUUUGUUAUCCUUUCAGCCGACAAAAAUCUCAGUGUCAGGGAUUGCAAGAGUAUCUUGACGAUAACUUCUACCUUGAUACCUCAAGCACUAAUCACCGCCAUGAUAUCUCCAAUUUUCAUGGGCUGGGUCAAUCAUGAAAACCCGGAAGGAAAACCUCUGAAAGGCUCCCACAUGGUGCUCUCGGUAGCUUUUGUGGUCAUAAGCUGCAGCUGUUCGGCUUUGGCAGGGUAUAGCCCCGUGAUGAGCGCCUUCAUAUCAGGAAUUGCUUUGCCUAGGGAGGGCAGACUCUCAAAGAUGAUGAUUAGCAAAGUCAACUACUUCUUGAACAACAUCUUCUAUCCAAUUUUUUUUGUUUGGGUGGGCUUGAUGGUCAUUUUUCCCAAGUUCCAUCCUGGCAGCCCCUGGACAUGGGCAAGAAUGAUUUUCAUUUUUGUGAUUGCAACAUUGGGAAAAGUUGUUGGAACCUUCCUGUCAGGGUUGAUGUUUGGAUUUAAUCACCCAGAAUCGGUUGCACUUGGUUUACUUCUUAAUGUCAAGGGCCAUUUUCAUAUGUACUUAGCCCUUUCCGCUGUACAGAAUGAAAUCACCACUAAUUCAACCGGCAUUGGGUUGACACUUGCAAUUUUCUGCACUGUGGUCUACGCCCCAUCAGUGGUGGCCUACAUCAUUGGACGUGCAAGGAGGAAACGCUCACCAAAUCAGCGGAUGGCACUUCAAUGGCUCGACCCCACAAACGAGCUUAGAAUCCUGCUAUGCGUCCAUGGCCCUCAAGAAUUACCUUCUGCCAUCAACUUCAUUGAGAUAUCUCGGGGGAGAGAUGAUCCUGCGAUCAUGGUGUAUGUGACUGAUAUGAUCGAGCUCACUGAACAAAUAGAGUCCACACUUGUACGCAAUGAAGGAAUGGAAGUGGCGACUGUGACAGACAAGAUAGUGGUAGAGAUGAGAGACCAAAUCACUAGUGCAAUCAAAACUUAUGAAGAGGAGCAUAGCGAAAGUGGUGUAACCCUCCGGCGAAUGUUAGCUCUCUCAUCAUUCAGUGUCAUGCACCAAGAUAUUAGCAUUUUGGCAGAGAACUUGCUCGUUUCUCUCGUUGUACUGCCAUUCCACAAGUACCAGGCAUCAGAUGGGAACAUGAUUGAAGCCCAGUCCAAGCUCCGGUACGUGAACAGAAAGGUGCUUCAGUAUGCUCCUUGCUCCGUGGGGAUACUGGUGGAUCGGGGUUUUGGAGUGACCAACAAAAUAUCAAGAUCAUCUAUAUUUCUAAAUGCAGCAGUCAUUUUCAUUGGUGGCAAAGACGAUAGGGAAGCGCUUGCCUAUGCCAGCCAUGUGGCCCUGCACCCCGGAGUGAAACUCACAGUCAUUAGAUUCCUAUUGGAUACCAAUGCAAUUGCCAAAUCCACAAGGCUCGGCACCUGCAAGAUUAGCCUUCCUGAGCAAGAAGAGGAGAUGAAGCUUGAUGAUGAGUUCUUCGCUGACUUCUAUGAGAGACAUGUUGGAGGGCACGUUGCUUACGUGGAGAAGUAUCUUGCAAAUUCAGCUGAGACCAUGUCAGCUCUGCAGUCAUUAGAAGGGAAAUAUGGACUCAUCAUCGUUGGCCGAGGGGGGAGGGUGAAUUCAGCAUUGACAGCUGGGAUGAAUGAUUGGGAGCAGUGCCCAGAAUUAGGUCCCAUUGGUGAUCUUCUUUCGGGGUCUAGUUCAGUAGUUUCCGCCUCCAUUUUAAUCAUCCAGCAACACCGUCCUAAAGGAGAAAUAGCUGGCCUCACCGAAGAAUUUUCGGUUAUGUAA